UAUGGCUUGAACAAUGAAACUGAUCGGCAGGCAUUGCUCGAGUUCAAGUUGGGAGUUUCUGAAGACAAAAGAGUUGUCUUGUCCUCAUGGAAUAAUUCGUUCCAUCUGUGCAAGCACAACAGAGUUACUGGUCUAGACCUCGGAAGAUUGCAAUUAGGAGGAGUGAUAUCACCAUCUGUUGGUAAUCUUUCGUUUCUCAUGUCACUUGAUCUCUCUGAAAACUCUUUUGGUGGAACCAUCCCUCAAGAAGUGGGAAACUUGUUUAGACUUGAGUAUUUGAAUAUGAGCUUUAAUUUUCUCGAGGGAGAGAUUCCAACUAGUUUGUCAAACUGCUCUAGAUUGGUGUCCUUUGUUCUAUUCUCAAAUCAUCUUCAAGGAGGAGUUCCUUCAGAACUAGGGUUGUUGACAAAGCUUGGUUAUUUAUAUCUUGGUAUAAACAAGCUGAGAGGUAAGCUCCCUGCAUCUCUAGGAAACUUGACAUCUAUAAGAUACCUUAACUUUGGAGAAAACAGAUUAGAAGGAAGAAUUCCAGAUGGUAUAGGUAGAUUCACGCAUAUAGUGUCACUUGAAUUACCAGGAAACAAUUUCUCUGGUGGUUUUCCUCCAGCAAUCUACAAUUUAUCCUCGCUUAGGUUUUUAAACAUCUUGAAUAAUGGUUUGGUUGGAAGACUGAGGAUGGAAUUUGGUAAUUUGUUACCAAACCUUCAAUUGUUGUCUUUGGGAAUGAAUCAUUUCACAGGAGCCAUUCCAACAACACUUGCCAACAUCUCGACACUUCAAAAGCUGUCAAUAGAGUAUAGCAGUCUCAAAGGAAAUAUUCCUUCAAGCUUUGGAAAAGUAAGGAAUUUGCAACUCUUGUCAUUUCUUGGAUCGCUCCCAAUCUCUCUUUGGAAGCUUUUAGGGUUGGGUUAUAUGAGUCUCCAUUCAAAUAGAAUGUCUGGAGAGAUAACUUCUUCUAUAAGCAACAUCACUAAAAUUGGUUUCCCUGUUGCUGAGUGCUUGACACUGGCUUUGGACGUGGGACUUAGAUGUUGUGAAGAAACUCCGACUAACCGUUUGGCAGCGAGUGAAGCUACAAAAGAGUUAAUCUCAAUCCGAGAGAGGUUCUUUAAAACCAGAAGAAGCGAGACGUUAAAGCGUUUAUGUGAAACC